GCUUAUAAAAGGAGAGAUAAACUCAUAGUCUCAUAGCACUUGUUAAGUCUAAUCAUAAGCAUUUUCUCUAAAGUACUCUCCUUUCAUUCUCAAUACUUUAAAGACGAACAAGUUGUUGCUCGUAACAUGACGAAAAUAUUUUUGUUGAUUUUUCUAGUACUGCUUUAUUGUACAAGUCAUGUUGUUGGCGCUAAAGAUGAUUUUUAUGUUAAUAUAACAAUUCUUGAAAGUGCAACUGCCCAAGGCGCGGUAUGUCUUGAUGGAAGUCCACCAGCCUAUCAUCUUCAUAGAGGACAUGGUACUGGACUUGGCAGCUGGAUUAUCCACUUGGAUGGAGGCGGUUGGUGUGACAGUAUCACAGAUUGCCUAAAUCGUUCGACGACGUACUUAGGUUCUACCAAAUAUAUGAGAAAAAAGGGUUUUUUUGACGGGAUACUCCAUAAUACUUCCAUAAGAAAUCCAGAGUUUCACAAUUGGAACAGAGUGAGGGUAAAAUAUUGUGACGGUUCAUCAUUUACGGGUGAUGUUGAACAAGUUGACACCGAGAACAAAUUAUAUUUUAGAGGGGCAAGAAUAUUUAAGGCUAUUAUGGAAGAUUUGUGGAGCAAAGGAUUGGAAAGUGCUGAAAAUGCAAUUCCAUCGGAAUAUCAGCAGGUGGUUUGGCAACAAUCUUAAAUUGCAAUAAGUUUAAAUGCCUUCUUCCAGAAAAUGCCAAAGUUAAGUGUGUUGCGGAUGCUGGCUUCUUCAUCAAUGGG